UAGUCCCACUCUCUCCCCGUGCUAGUAGUAUAUAGCAUCCGCCCUCCGGCCCCUCCCAAUCUUAGAACACCACCCCCCUGUGCCUCCGCAUUUCGCUCGCGUGGGUUUAAGCAGGAGACGGGGCGGGGUCAGUCGGGCAGUUAGGUUGGAUCCGAUCCGGCUGCGGCGGCGGCGACGAGAUGGCGUCGCCGGCAUUCGCAGUUUCCGCGGCGGGCCUCGCCCGGCCGUCGGCUCCUCGAUCCGGCGGGCCAGAGCGGAGGGGGCGCGGGGUGGAGCUGCAGUCGCCAUCGCUGCUCUUCGGCCGCAACAAGGGCACCCGUUCACCCCGUGCCGUCGGCGUCGGAGGUUCUGGAUGGCGCGUGGUCAUGCGCGCGGGUGGGCCGUCCGGGGAGGUGAUGAUCCCUGACGGCGGUAGUGGCGGAACACCGCCUUCCAUCGACGGUCCCGUUCAGUUCGACUCUGAUGAUCUGAAGGUUCCAUUCAUCGAUGAUGAAACAAGCCUACAGGAUGGAGGUGAAGAUACUAUUUGGUCUUCAGAGACAAAUCAGGUUACUGAAGAAAUUGAUGCUGAAGGCACGAGCAGAAUGGACAAAGAAUCAUCUACGGGAGAGAAAUUACGCAUUCUGCCACCACCGGGAAAUGGACAGCAAAUAUACGAGAUUGACCCAACGCUCCGAGACUUUAAGUACCAUCUUGAGUAUCGAUACAGCCUAUAUAGGAGAAUACGUUCAGACAUUGAUGAACACAAAGGAGGCAUGGAUGUAUUUUCCCGCGGUUACGAGAAGUUUGGAUUUGUGCGCAGCGCUGAAGGUAUCACUUACCGAGAAUGGGCUCCUGGAGCAGAUUCUGCAGCAUUAGUUGGCGACUUCAACAAUUGGGAUCCAAAUGCAGACCAUAUGAGCAAAAAUGACUUGGGUAUUUGGGAGAUUUUUCUGCCAAACAAUGCAGACGGUUCGCCACCAAUUCCUCACGGCUCACGGGUGAAGGUGCGAAUGGGUACUCCAUCUGGGACAAAGGAUUCAAUUCCUGCUUGGAUCAAGUACUCCGUGCAGACUCCAGGAGAUAUACCAUACAAUGGAAUAUAUUAUGAUCCUCCCGAAGAGGAGAAGUAUGUAUUCAAGCAUCCUCAACCUAAACGACCAAAAUCAUUGCGGAUAUAUGAAACACAUGUUGGCAUGAGUAGCCCGGAACCAAAGAUCAACACAUAUGCAAACUUUCGGGAUGAGGUGCUUCCAAGAAUUAAAAGACUUGGGUACAAUGCAGUGCAAAUAAUGGCAAUCCAAGAGCACUCAUACUAUGGAAGCUUUGGGUACCAUGUUACCAAUUUCUUUGCACCAAGUAGCCGUUUUGGGUCCCCAGAAGAUUUAAAAUCUUUGAUUGAUAGAGCUCACGAGCUUGGCUUGGUUGUCCUCAUGGAUGUUGUUCACAGUCACGCGUCAAAUAAUACCUUGGACGGGUUGAAUGGUUUUGAUGGCACGGAUACACAUUACUUUCAUGGCGGUUCACGGGGCCAUCAUUGGAUGUGGGAUUCCCGUGUGUUCAACUACGGGAAUAAGGAAGUUAUAAGGUUUCUACUUUCCAAUGCAAGAUGGUGGCUAGAGGAGUAUAAGUUUGAUGGUUUCCGAUUCGACGGCGCGACCUCCAUGAUGUAUACCCACCAUGGAUUACAAGUAACCUUUACAGGGAGCUACCAUGAAUACUUUGGCUUUGCCACUGAUGUAGAUGCGGUCGUUUACUUGAUGCUGGUGAAUGAUCUAAUUCAUGGGUUUUAUCCCGAAGCGGUAACUAUCGGUGAAGAUGUUAGUGGAAUGCCUACAUUUGCCCUUCCUGUUCAAGUUGGUGGAGUUGGUUUUGACUAUCGCUUACAUAUGGCUGUUGCCGACAAAUGGAUUGAACUUCUCAAAGGAAAUGAUGAAGCUUGGGAGAUGGGUAAUAUUGUGCACACACUAACAAAUAGAAGGUGGUUGGAAAAGUGUGUUACUUAUGCUGAAAGUCACGAUCAAGCACUGGUUGGAGACAAGACUAUUGCAUUCUGGUUGAUGGACAAGGAUAUGUAUGAUUUCAUGGCUCUGAACGGACCUUCGACACCUAAUAUUGAUCGUGGAAUAGCACUGCAUAAAAUGAUUAGACUUAUCACAAUGGGUUUAGGAGGAGAGGGUUAUCUUAACUUUAUGGGAAAUGAGUUCGGGCAUCCUGAAUGGAUAGACUUUCCAAGAGGCCCACAAGUACUUCCAACUGGUAAGUUCAUCCCAGGAAACAACAACAGUUACGACAAAUGCCGUCGAAGAUUUGACCUGGGUGAUGCAGAAUUUCUUAGGUAUCAUGGUAUGCAGCAGUUUGAUCAGGCGAUGCAGCAUCUUGAGGAAAAAUAUGGCUUUAUGACAUCAGACCACCAGUACGUAUCUCGGAAACAUGAGGAAGAUAAGGUGAUCGUGUUUGAAAAAGGGGACUUGGUAUUUGUGUUCAACUUCCACUGGAGUAAUAGCUAUUUCGACUACCGGGUUGGCUGUUUAAAGCCUGGGAAGUACAAGGUUGUCUUAGACUCAGACGCCGGACUCUUUGGUGGAUUUGGUAGGAUCCAUCACACUGCAGAGCACUUCACUUCUGACUGCCAACAUGACAACAGGCCCCAUUCGUUCUCAGUGUACACUCCUAGCAGAACCUGUGUUGUCUAUGCUCCAAUGAACUAAACAGCAAAGUGCAGCAUACGCAUGCACGCUGUUGUUGCUAGCACUAGCAAGAAAAAAUCGUAUGGUCAAUACAACCAGGUGCAAGGUUUAAUAAGGGUUUUUGCUUCAACGAGUCCUGGAUAGACAAGACAACAUGAUGAUGUGCUCUGUGCUCCCAAAUUCCCAGGGCGUUGCGAGGAAAACAUGCUCAUCUGUGUUAUCAUUUUAUGGAUCAGCGAGGAAACCUCCCCCAAAUACCCAUGCCUCCUUAAACUUUUGUGGUCCUAAACCAUGGCUACUAUCCUCUAAAUUGGCAGUUUAGCAUAGAGGUUUUACUUUUGUAAAAAUUUUUUGACAGUUAAUAGACUCUAUUCCUCAAAUAAUUGACAUGUCCUUUACAAGAAGAUGAGAAAUAAAAUCAGGGAUUGAAGAAUCCCAAAAGCUA